CGGCGCGGAGCCACGCCCCGUCCCGCCGCGGCUGAUGCAACCGGCCACGCUGCAGGGCCGCGGCCGCCCCCGGCCCCGCUCCCGAACCGGCCCCGGCCCCGGCCCGGCGGCGCCCAGGUGAGGCCGGCGCCCACGCGGCUCUCGGGCCGCCGCUGCUCGGGGGCUCCGGCGCCCUCCGGCCGCGCGUGUCCACGUCCCCCCCCCCACGUGGCACUAGGGCGCACGCGGGGGCCCCCAGCAUGGGGCCGGGGAAGGCGGCGCCCGAGGCCGCCGGCGCCCCCCCCGCGCCCCCCCGUCCCGCGUGGGGCAGCAAGGCGCAGUACAUCCUGGCCCAGGUGGGCUUCUCCGUGGGGCUGGGCAACGUGUGGCGCUUCCCCUACCUCUGCCACCAGAACGGCGGCGGCGCCUUCCUGCUGCUCUACGUGCUGCUGCUGGGGGUCCUGGGGCUGCCGCUCUUCUUCCUGGAGCUGGCGGCCGGGCAGAGCAUCCGCCAGGGCAGCAUCGGCGUCUGGAAGAGCAUCAGCCCCCGCCUGGGCGGCAUCGGCUUCGCCAGCUGCCUGGUCUGCGCCUUCGUGGCCCUCUACUACAACGUGAUCAUCGCCUGGAGCCUGCUCUACCUGGGGCGCUCGCUGCAGCACCCGCUGCCCUGGCAGGGCUGCCCCAACGCCUCCGAGCCCGAGUGCGCCCGCAGCUCGCCCACCACCUACUUCUGGUACCGGGAGACGCUGGACGUGGCGCCCAGCAUCGGGGCCGGGGGGGGGCUGCAGCCUGCCCUGGUCGGGGGGCUGCUGGGCGCCUGGGUCCUGGUCGGCGCCUCCCUGCUCGGGGGCAUCCGGUCCUCCGGCAAGGUGCUGUACUUCAGCACGCUCUUCCCCUACGCGGUGCUGCUCUGCUUCCUGGUGCGGGGGCUGCUGCUGGAGGGGGCCCCCGAGGGCGUCCGCAUCAUGUUCACCCCCAAGGCGUCGGCGUGGGGCACGGGCCAGGCCUGGCGGCAGGCGGCCACGCAGGUCUUCUUCGCCCUGGGGCUGGGCUUCGGCAGCGUCAUCGCCUACUCGAGCUACAACCCGCGCCGCAACGACUGCCACCGCGACGCGCUGCUGGUGGCCGCCCUCAACGCCGCCACCUCGCUGCUGGCCACGCUGGUGGUCUUCGCCGUGCUGGGCUUCCGCGCCACGCGCCGCGCCCGCGCCUGCGUCGCCCGGAACGCGGAGCUGCUGGCCGCGGUCGCGUGGCCGCCGGAGCUGCCGCCGCCGCCCGGGAACCUCUCGGCCCUGGCGGCCCCCGAGUACAGCGCCUGGCUGCGGCGGGUGCCGCCGGCGCUGCGCGGAGCCCUGGGCCUCUCCGACUGCCGCCUCGAGGACGAGAUGAGCAAGGGCGUGGAGGGCACCGGCCUGGCCUUCAUCGCCUUCACGGAGACCAUGACGCUGCUGCCCGCCUCGCCCUUCUGGUCGGUGCUCUUCUUCCUCAUGCUGCUGAACCUGGGGCUGAGCACCAUGCUGGGCACCAUGCAGGGCAUCCUCACGCCGCUGCAGGACAACUUCCCGGCCCUGCGGCGCCGCCGCGCGCUCUUCACCGGGCUCUGCUGCCUCGGCGGCUUCGUGCUGGGGCUGCUCUUCGUCCAGCGCUCCGGCAGCUACUUCGUGGCCAUGUUCGACGACUACUCGGCCACGCUGCCGCUGGUGGCCGUGGUGGCCUGCGAGGCCGUGGCCGUGGCCUGGGUCUACGGGGCCGAGAGGUUCCUGGCGGACGUGGAGCAGAUGCUGGGCCGGCGGCCCUGGCGCCUCUACGGCUACAUGUGGCGCUACGGCAGCCUGGGCGCCAUGUUGUGCCUGCUGCUGGCCAGCCUGGGCCAGCUCUGCCUCAGCCGGCCCAGCUACCAGGCCUGGGACCGCGACACGGCCACGGAGACACGGCGGCCAUACCCGCCCUGGGCCGUGGGGCUCAUCGUGGGGCUCAUCGUGGCGGCCGUGCUGCCCAUCCCCCUGGUGCUGCUGCGGCAGCUGCUGCGGGAGCGGCGGCAGCGCCUGGCGCCCCCCCCGGCCCCCCCCGGGCACCUGGACCCGGAUGUGGACCCGGAGGAGGAGGAGGAGGAGGAGGAGGAGGAGGAGAGCCCGGCCGACCCGCCGCCCCCCAACGGCUACCGGCCCCUGUGCGCGCAGCCGCCCCCCGGCACCCGCUAGGGCCCCCCCGGUGCCGCCCCUCCUGGGCAGGGCCGGAGAGCGGGAAGGAACCCCAUUGGCCGGGGGCCAGAGGGCCCGCUUCCUGAUUGGCUAGCCUGCCUGAGGCGGGACCAUGCCUGUGGAGGAGCCAGGAGAGCGGGAAGGAGCCCCAUUGGAGGGCAGGGAGCAUGGGAAGGCAUGCCAUUGGAGGAGCAUGGGGAGGCCUGCUUCCUGGUUGGCCAGCCUGCCUGAGGAGGGAGUGGCACCCAUUGGUGGAGCAGGGCGGAGCUCUAUUGGGCAGCAGCAAGAUGGCCCUCCUGAUUGGCCAGCACGCCUGAGGCGAGGCAGCUGCCCAUUGGUCGGCCUGGGAGAGCGGGUGGAGUCCCUGUAGCAGCAGUGCUGCGGGCCGGACGCCUGGGCCCCCUCUGCCCCAAGGGCCCCUGCUCCCGCCCCACGGACCGGGCCUCCGCGGGCGACGGACGAUGCCGGAGCAGGCGGCACCAGGAUGGACGAUGCCGGAGCGGGCGGCACCGGAGCAGACGCCGCCGAAGCAGGCGGUGCCGGAGCGGGCGGCACCAGGCCGGACAGUGCCGGAGCAGACGCCGCCAGAGCUGGUGGCAGCAGGCCGGACGCUGCCGGUCGGGCGAUGCCGGAGGGACCCAGCGCUGGCACAGGCCCUAGCCCAGCCCGACCCUGCGCUGCGGCGACCAGGUUUGGGAUCGGGGUCGGGACCGGGACUGGCUCAGGAUCGGGACCGGGUCGGGACCGGGACUGGCUCAGGAUCGGGACCGGGUCGGGGCUCUGCCCCCAAUAAAGGUGCUGAAUCGAGA